UUGUAAAAUAAUUUGGUAUUUUGAUGUUAGCGACAGCAGGACCACAAAACUUUCAAACUAUCCAUUAACACCACAAAAUUCAACCAAAACCGAUCUAUCCAUUCAUCACACACAAAUCUCAUAACAUGCUUCUUCAGGGGAGCUUCUUCUCCCUUCCAUUCCGAUCACCCCUCCGCUUCCGACCUCCGAUCACCCACCACCACCUUCCUCGCAAAGUCUCCUUCGCAGCGGUUUCAUUUUCCGCCAGUUAUGCCAUCUCCGACCAAGAACUGGAAUCGCGGGGUUUAAUCUUCCGCCGCACAAUCGACGACCUGAACCUCGACCAUUUAAACUCCGUUUUCGUUGCCGUCGGUUUCCCAAAACGAGACACCGACAAGAUAAAAGUGGCGCUGGAGCAUACAGAUUCGUUGUUGUGGGUGGAGUAUGAGAAGACAAAGAGACCGGUGGCGUUUGCUAGAGCCACCGGCGACGGCGUAUUCAAUGCUAUUAUUUGGGAUGUGGUGGUGGAUCCGAAUUUUCAGGGGAUUGGGUUGGGGAAGGCGGUGAUUGAGAGAGUGGUGGAGGAGCUGCUGCAAAAGGGAAUCACUAACAUUGCUCUGUAUUCGGAGCCCCGAGUUUUGGGAUUCUAUAGACCUCUCGGGUUUAUUUCGGAUCCAGAGGGGAUAAGAGGAAUGGUGUAUUCAAGAAAGAAUAAGAGAAAAUAGUUGCGACAAUAAUUAUAUUUUUGUUGUUUUUUUUUUUUAUGAUUAUUGAUUUAAGUGUUAAAUGUUAAUUAUAAAUAAUAUAAAUCAAGAUGAAGACUAUCUUCAUAAUUA